CUUUUCUUUUCUGUUUUCCCCCUCUUUUUAUUUUUAUCUUUGUUAGUGUCUACUCCGUAGUGCUAAUCCGAACCAGCCUUAUAAGAAAAUAGCGCGAACCUCUUAUAGUGUAAGUGGCGAGUUUCCCGAGGUCCAGUCUGACGAUCUUCAAAUAUCUCUUAAUUCUUUUAAUCCCCGAAUCAUCCGAACCUUGACUUGAUCUUAUUCCUUUGGACAUUUUGCUUUCAAUUUACCUCGCACUCUUCAAGGCUUGGCGGCUGCCGUACUUCCGAUCUGUUUUGCCUUGAAUCUCCCCUUCUCCACAUUCAACGCGUUCUGUCCUCUACGUCUUUGCAUUUCGCUUGAUUCCCUGGGUGGACUUGGAGAAUUUCUCUGAUGUCUUACUAUCCACCCUACUCGGGCGCGCCGGGAUACCCCCCGCAGCAGCCGUCAUAUCCCCCGCAACAGCAGUACCCACAAAUGAAUCAUCAGCAGCAGCCACCUUAUGGCGGCUAUCCUGGCCAGUCCUACCACCAGCAGCCGCACCAGCAGCAGCCGCCGCCGCAGCAAUCCAACCCAUACGGUUACAGCCAUUCGUCCCAGCCAUCUCACCAGUCCUACGGCGGGCAUGCUCCUCAGCAAGGUUACAAUGCUCCGCCGUCGGGGUACAACCAGCACCCGCCCUCUGGGCAACCAAUGCAAGGAAGACCAGCCUACGGUCAAAGCGGCGGUCCCCCUCCCCCUCCCAGCAACCCCGUCUCCUUCGGCCACGGCGCUCCCCAAGGCUACAACUUCCAAUACUCCCGCUGUACGGGGAAGAGAAAGGCCUUGUUGAUUGGCAUCAAUUACUUCGGUCAGAAAGGUCAGCUGCGCGGAUGUAUCAACGAUGUCAAGAACAUGUCAACCUACCUGAACCAAAACUUCGGCUAUGCUCGCGAGGACAUGGUCCUCUUGACUGAUGACCAGCAAAAUCCGAUGAGCCAGCCGACCAAGGCAAACAUUCUUCGGGCUAUGCACUGGUUGAUCAAGGAUGCGCGUCCCAAUGACUCGUUGUUCUUCCACUACUCUGGCCACGGCGGUCAGACACCCGACUUGGACGGCGAUGAAGAAGAUGGGUACGAUGAAGUUAUCUACCCGGUGGACUUCCGGGUUGCAGGCCACAUCGUUGAUGAUGAGAUGCACCGUAUCAUGGUGCAGACUCUACAACCGGGAGUCCGGCUUACAGCGAUCUUCGACUCCUGCCACUCUGGCUCCGCCCUGGAUCUCCCCUACAUCUACUCCACCUCCGGUGUGCUCAAGGAGCCCAACCUGGCCAAGGAGGCUGGACAAGGCCUGCUCGGUGUGGUGUCGGCAUAUGCGCGUGGUGACAUGGGCAGCAUGAUGUCAACCGCCAUGGGCUUCAUAAAGAAGGCCACCAAGGGCGACGAAGUGUAUGAACGCAACAAGCAGACUAAGACUAGCCCCGCAGAUGUCAUCAUGUGGUCCGGCAGCAAGGAUGACCAGACCAGCCAGGAUGCUCAAAUUGCUGGCCAGGCCACUGGUGCCAUGUCAUGGGCUUUCAUCGCCGCGCUUCGGAAGAACCCUCAGCAGAGUUAUGUCCAGCUUUUGAACAGCAUUCGUGACGAGCUUGCGACCAAAUAUUCCCAGAAGCCACAGCUGAGCUGCAGCCACCCCUUAGAUACCGACAUCCUUUAUGUGAUGUAAUUUCACUUGGAAAUGAACACAAGGAACGAUGCUCGUCUGGGUUUCAAUGAAGCAUGCUCUUGUGUUUAAUGAAUUGCCCUGUAUGUAAUUCCACCCUCGGUCCACGGGUGUUCCCGUGAAUAUUUGGCCUGUGGGUGGUUGGUGCACUAUUUGUGAAUAAUCCUGAAUCUGUGAUCUACAUGUACCACUGUUUGUCCUUUGAAAAUCGAGUGCAGAUUACAUACAUACAUAAGGUGUCCCGGUGACGAUAAGCAUCGGUCUUUCUGACAUCAUCGUAGACAACUGCCCACCCGGGCAACCAACACAUCUACUUUUGG